GUCACGGGGCGGCCCGCGUUUUGUGUUGCGGGGCUAAGAGGAGAAGGGAAUUGAUCGCGGUCUCAAUUGGUGGUAUCGGCAUCUAACAUGGCGGCUCCGGACGAGCUGGGCCUGAACGAGCAUCACCAGGCGCAGCUGGUGCGCUACAUGCGCUUCGCGCGCCACCAGCGCGACAAGCGGCUGCGCACCGUCGACGUCGCCUUCGAGGACUGCAUGUUCGCGCGGCUCUCCGAGACGACAUACACCAGGGACGAGGUGGAGGAGCUGCUCACCCGGCUCAGUACGGAGGUGCAUGAUGAGGUCAGCGCCGAGCUGGUGAACGCCGACCACACGGCGCUCCUGCUGCUGCGCCAGGUGUUCGUGCAGGCGCAGAAGUGGCACCUUCGGCUCGACUCACACGUGGAACAGCUGGAGGACAAGGAGCUGAUCGACCUGGUGAAGACGUUCGAGGAGGACGAGCUGGCCGGCAAGCCCCGCGGUAAGGUCUGUCUGGCGCCGCUCAACGACGACAAGGCGUUGAAUGAGCUGCUCAAGCUCGGCGACGAGAAGGGCAAGCUCAUCGAGCGCAUCCAGAGCAUCGAAGCUCAGGCGUCAGAGCUGGCCUCCGAGAAGGGAGAGCUGAACUCGGAGCUCGGCAAGCUGCGGUCGGAGCUGGAGUUCCUGCGCUCCUCCAAGGACAACGUCUCCAAGGAGCAGCUGGAACAGAUCCAGGGCCAGGCCAGCACCGUGCAACGCGAGCUGGAGGCCAGCCUGCAGCAGUCCGAGUUCAGCAAGACGCUGCUGGCCGACGAGUUGGACACCACUAAGCACAAGCUGCAGGAGAUACGCUCCCAGCUGGAGCUGGCUGAAAUGGAACUGGAUCACAAGUUUCAGCAGACUGCUGCGUAUAGAAACAUGAAGAAGCUGCUGAUGGAAAAGAAUUCCAAAAUUAAAGAGCUCAGGUCGAAGUUGUCUGGUUACGAGAAGGAGGAUGUUAAGGAGGAGGAGGAGUGAGCAGUGAUGAGUUGAUGUGUAUUGUGCUAUGCUUCGUGUAAUGUUGUUUAUGGAUGUCUUGACCCAGAGAGCUUUGUCAAUAUUUGCUAUGUUGCCGGGAUGUUUAAUGCAGUACGGGGACUUUUGUGCCCGGAUUAUUUGUUGUGGAAGCACCCUAAUGAAGGAAAAACAGACAUGAAUGCGAUACGUGGUGCCUCCACGCUUUCUCAGUCUACUGAGAGCUGGCACUUCCGCUCUCCUUGCCUCUAACAUUACUUUGCAAUAGCAAGAUACCAUGCGUCAGGCCUGUUAUUAGAUUUCACCGUGUUGAAUUGAAUCGAUAACCCAGCCAAUACACAAGUGUGAACCAGA